AUGGGAUCGCAGUUCAAUGCGGCCCAUGCACGCGAAGCCCUCAUGACACAUAAAGACACUCUCGAGUAUUUGCAUCUAGGCUUCAUCAGGGAGCCUAGCGAUCUCAGGGAUUGGCAGCGAUUCCUUUCUAGCCGCAUCAAAAUGGGGCCUCUACGCGAUUUCACGGCUCUUCAAGAGCUUCACCUUCAUCAAGCAAUCGUCUCAGUCAACCCUCAACUUGCCCCUGCACUUAGGAGUUUGACUGUUGGCGACUGCAACUCUCCCGUCAUCAAUUUGGUGAAAAAUAUUGCGAAAGAAUGCAGGAAGGGCUCAUAUCCGGACCUUGUCAACUUUAGAAUGAUUUCGGUCGAUAUCACGCAGCCCAUUCAGCUCCCUGGUCAGAUCAUUCCAAAAGGCAAAACCCCAGAGCAAGCACAUCAGACUCUUGUGGACCUAUUCAAGGGUACCAAGGUUAAUUUCCUUCUUGGACCGUAUGCAAAGACCGGAAGGGGUGGGUUAAUGGGUGAUGACGAUGAUGACGACGAUGAUGAAUAUGACUAUGAUGAUGACAAAUUUGCCUAUGAUUAUGAGGGCUAUGAAAUAGAAGACCCAUUUAUGCAUGCAAUGAGGGCUACACGUGCAGGUGGUGUUGGUGUUGGUGGUCGAGGGAGAGGUGGAGGUAAUGGCCCUAUGCCCGCAGGAUUUCUUGAAUAUUUCAUGCAACGCGCUAUGCAAGACCCUGAUUUUGCACAUUUACACCCAUCUGCAGCAGGACGUCGGCGAGCACCGGGAAGCUGA